AUGAGUAAGUUGAGAGCUGCACGUGAAGUGAUGCAUGAGUGUUUCGAGUCAAACGAAUGUGUCGAGACGGGGAGAGAUUUAGUCGAUGACGUGAUAUUCAGCCGAGUCUCAAAGCUGAAACGAUUGAAUUUUAAAGGAUUCUAUACUGUGGUUCUGGAGGAAAAUGAUGAUCUGGUUUCAGUGGCCACCAUGAGGGUGUGUGAUAACAGGGUGGCUGAAAUGCCCCUUGUUGCCACCACGUUCAGACACUGCCGCCGUGGAAUGUGUCGAGUUUUGGUGGAUGAACUUGACAAGAAUCAGAUGAAACUAGGAGUGGAGAAGCUGGUUUUGCCAUCACUGCCGACCACAGUCGAGACGUGGACAAAUAACUUCGGGUUUUGCCGUAUGACAGAUAGAGCAAAGCUUUUGCAGUAUACUUCACUAGACUUCCAGGGGACCAUAAUUUGUCAAAAACUCUUAAGAUAG